AUGGCGGCGGAUCGUGGCGGCGAAGGGCUGGGGUUGGAAGAGGGAAGUUUCGUGGUUCAUUUGGCACUGGUAUUGCCUGAAUCGGGGGUCGGAGCUGAGAGGAAUCAGCUCAGAAAGUCGGCUCGUUCCCCUCCGAAUCCAGAAGAUUCUGGGUUUAUAAAAAUUGAAGUUCGAGAUAUUUACGGUUAUGCCACUGAACUUCUUUUGCUCGUAACUCCUUCAUUACAACUCCGUUUUGAGUCCACUACAUGUCUACGGACUCGUUUUGUCGCGCUCUACGCAACAGUACAACUGAAAUCCUCAAAUUCCUUCCCGAUCAAAAAGUCAACUUUUAAACUAAUAAAAUAUUCUAGGGGUUUGGGUUAUUACAUGUACGACCACUCUUACAAGAAAGAAUGA